AUUCAGUAGACAUGUAGUGGAAAAUAUAAAGCGACAUGGCGAAGGUGAUGCAUAUCUAUUAUGGAACUCUCGGCUAGAAAGUAAAGAACGUUUUUAGGGGCAUCAAAAAAUCCGGCACCGUGGCUUCCACGCAGGGUGAAAUUCGUAUAGGACCGGCUCACCAAGCAAAACUUCCAGAAUGUAAUUCAGAAUCUUAUGAGGACGAUAAUAAACUAAGAGAAAAUCUAAGAUGGGUGCCAUCGUCUAUUUCGGAUCAGGAUUUAAUCAUGUACCUGAGAGCAGCCAGAUCAAUGGCUUUUUUCGUUGGUAUGUGCGAUCCAGACUCAGGGGACGAUGGUAGCUUAGCUGCUUCAAAAGAUUGUACAACAGCGAACGCAGUUGAUAUUUUGCAUGACUGCGAUUACGAUAAAGGUGAGGCUCUUCAAGUUCUGGUCAAGUGCCCAGUUCCGGUCAAUAUAGAACAAAAGUGGAACGAGGAGGAAACCAGGCGAUUCACAAAAGGCUUAAGACAAUAUGGAAAGAAUUUUUUCAAAAUCCGAAAGGAGCUGUUAUCACAUAAGGAAGUUUGCGAGUUGGUGGAAUAUUAUUACAUUUGGAAGAAAACUCAAGCUGCUAGCAAUAUUCGACUGACAAGGAGACGAGCUGGUCAAAAGAAAAAUCAAAAACCCCCCAAAAUACCGGAUCCUAUCUUAAACCCUGAAGGUAGUAGUUCAGCCGAAAGUAACACUGAAGAUAGCGAUAGUGCGAUUCCUCAUUGUGCAAAUUGUUUCGUGGCUGGAGCAAAUUUAGAUUGGCAGAAAGGUGCUAAAGGUCAACUUUGUCGUUUGUGCUAUGAUUUUUGGAAAAAAGUUGGAGCUGAUAGACCUACAGGUAGAAUAAAAGAACCAAGCUAUUUGAGUCAAAUGGAUAAGAAUCCUACUCCUGAUAAUCAAUCAAAUGAAACGGAGAGAGAAGACGAAAGUGAAGGAGGAGAUGCAGAUGCUGAAGAGACGAACAACGAAGAGAAUGAAAAUGAAUCAGACUGUUCUUCUACGUGUUCUACUCCUAUUCCAAAACCAAUGGAACUAGAGUCAUCAGUUUGUACAACACCACCGAUAAAACCUCCACAAUUAACUUCGUCUUCAUCUGCCUCGAGCUCCGGUUCGAGUUCAAGUAGUUCUAGUUCAAGCAGCUCUGGUUCAGAAGCACAUACGGAAGAAGAAGGUCACUUAUCCCCACCUCCUCAGCUAGCAGCCAUUCCGCCCACUAAGCCACAAUUAUUGACGCCUUUGCCUCAUCGCCCCGAGCCAUUGUUCAUCCAAACAGAAAAAACGGAAGAAAUUAACGGAACAAAUGGAGAAUCCAAACAACGACCUGUCAUGGCCGUCCCCCCAGUGCAACAACAACAACAGCAGCAGCAACAACAGCCAAUACCUUUAAUUAAACAAGUAAAAGAAGAGCUUAAAGAUCCUGCAGAUGCCAUGAUGCCUCCUCUUUCGCUUCAUGCGGGAUUGAACAAUAAGUCGCCUUUGGGUCCUCCACCUCCCCUGAGACGCUUACCUGUAAAGCAGGAAAUGGAAUCGGAUGAAGAGCAAGAAAAUUCGAUUCCUUCAUCCGAUUUAGAAGACGAAAAAGAGGCAGAACCAGUUUCAAUUGUCAUUAAAGAAACGACUAACGCUAUUUUUGUCAAAUGUUUAGAUAGAGGUGUUAAUUCGUGUUCAAGGACAGAUUUUGGCUUCCGAAUGAAGCCAGGCUCAAACUGGGCACUAAAAAAAUCUUCCAAUGGAGAAAAAAGAAUGUCUUUAGGAAAAACAUCAAAUGCUCCCUCUGUUAAAGAUGAAAAGCCCAAGAUUGAAAAUUCCAAGGGUUCCGAAGCACAAAUAUCAUCCCAUAUAAAUCAACCUGUUCCUGGGGCUUAUGAUAGAGGCCACAGAUACUUAGGUUCUGAUAAUACACCAGCGUUGUCUCAGCUUAGAGCAUACAGUGAUAGAGCAUGCGCCUUAGGUCUCUCACAAGGAGUUCCAACGAGUUUGGCUUACGGCAACAGUGAACAACUUUUACAUCAAAGGAGCCUAUUUCAGCAUCCGAGCGUUGGUAGAGAUAGACUGGAAGUUGAAUUUAUGAGAGAAAAGCAAGAAAGAGAUGCUAGAGAAAGAGAGAUGAGGGAACGAGAAUUACGAGAUUUUGAAAUGCAGGAAAAAAUGAAAAGAGAGUUGGAGAUGAAGCCAGUUAUUUCUGGUGCUGACGCCCAUAUAAUGCAACUUCAAAGAGAAUAUGCCCUAAGGGGAAUGCCUCUUCCGCCUCAUUUAGCCACCUUAACCGGAUCUGGAUUGCACGCUCAGCCCCAUUUAUCCGGUGUCUUCCCUCAAGUUCAAGCAAGCGAUAUUAUACAUAGGGAGCGAGAAAUGCGAGAACGAGCGCUUGCCGAGAGAUAUCAAGCAGAAAGAGCUAUGGCUUUGGCUACAGAUCCGGUUGCUCGACUACAGAUGGCAUCAGCUGUACAUUCACACAAUCAUUCUCAUUCUCAUAACCCCUUUCACAUUCAACCACCAGAUGCUUCGUCUCAAUCCUCAUCAUUACUUAGUGCCCAACAAAUUCAAAAUUCCCUUUCACAUUUUCAACCGCCAACAUCGUUAGCAAACGGCUUUCCUUUCGGCUCACAUUCCGCAUUAAUGGAGAGGGACGCCUUGAUACAAAGAGAACUUUUAGCACGGCAAGCUGGUAAUGAGCAAUUAAUUGCCCAACAGCACUUAUUACAUCACGAUGCUUUGGUAAGGGAACAAUUGCUGCAAAGAGAACGCUUGGGUGUCCACAUUCAACCACCUCAACGUUAAAUGUGAUAGAGUUUAUACAUGUCGCCGUAUUUUUUUUAGAUAAUCGUUUAUUUCUCAUAGUCGUUAUAGAAUUGUUCAAUUGUUCUCGGGUUUUGUAACUCGUGAAAGAACCUGUUUUCAUGAUAGCCUUUAUAAGAGAAAGAAAAAAAGGUUCUUUCUCAGAAAUGAUAUUACAAGAAAAUAAACGACAAUAUCAUUAAUAAAUAACAAGCUAGUCAAUUAGACCCUUCUCUCUGAAACCCUUCUGCCACUCUUCAAUCAACUUUCGAUAAUCGUUGUCUCCAGCUUGAUACCAGUCAGCUUUUCUUGCAUUUGAAAGGAACCUGGAUAUGCCUUUGUACGUAGAGAAGUCAUAUUGGAUGACAUCUAGAAGAGUUAUCGUUGCCGCAAUCGAUAAGUCAGCUAAAGUUGGUUUAUCACCCGUUAAGAAGACGUUUUUACUAAAAUAGAUUGUAUCCAGAUCGUUGAAAGCUUUUUCAAGUUUCUCUUUCUCUUCUUGGUUUGGUUGCCUACUUUUAUACAUGAUUGAUGCAUAAUAGGGUUGGACAGCAGGCCAUAUGGUGGUUGCAUCGUAAUAUAAAAGCCAGUCUAUCUUUCCUCUGCCAGUCAAUUCUUUAGGAUAAUAAUCAUCAUGUUCUGGCUUUGAGUAUCUAUUGAAAAGAUACAUUUGGAUAGCUCUGGAUUCUCCCAGGCAAAAUCCAUUAUCAACAAUUAGUGGUACUUGUUGGUGAGGAUUCAACUAAAAAAUUAUAAUAAUCUAUUUAGACCUCUUUACGACACCCUUUGAAAUUAACCUUUAUGAAGUCCUCUUUAGUAUGUUCUGCUUGGAAAAGUUCAACGUGUUUGAGGUUAAGAUUUAAAUCAAUCGCUCUAGCUGUGAACAAGAUAGCUCGGCAAGGGGCGCUCGAAGGGUAAUAAUAAAAGUCAACCGUACUCAUACUGACUGUUACACCGAAAUGAUAUUCAAACUCAGUGUGAACAUUUAGGUUCUAAUGAGCGCCACCAACCUUAUUUGAUUAGUUCAAUAUAUAAGUGAUAUAAUAUUUGAUUUCAGCGCCAUCUGUAUUAUUAUUACGUGCUAAACACUGUAUAUCGAACAAAUUUAUUAUCUUGCAAAGUUCUUGUUUAUUUCUAUAAUAGCACAUACAUUUUUCAAAGAUAACAGCUUUGUUAAUUAUUUUUAGAUCUAUUAUCAUAUCUAUUGUUCUAUAAUGAACACAAUGAUUGAUGUCUUGUCUUAAAUAAGACCUUUCUCCUUAAUACUAUUUCGCCACUCCUCAGACAUUUCGUUGUACAAUGCUGGGCCCUUCUUAAACCAAGCGGUAUUUCUAGAAGCACUUAAGAAUUUCGAAAUUCUUUCCCAUUUGGAGAAAUCGAAAUUGAUCAUAUCGAGAAAGGAAAGACUGGCAGCGAAGGAAAUAUCGGCAAGCGAUGGCUUAUCUCCAAAGAGGAAGUCGGAAUUUUGAAAGUAGUUUUUAUCUACCAAAUCCAGAGUAUCUAUUAGAGUUUUAGUUUCUUCUUCAUUCGGCUUUCUUCCUUGAAAUUUGUAUGCUUUGAAAAAGGCAAGAGCAUUGGGGAAAAGGGUUGCAGAAUCAAAGUACAGUAGCCAAUCAACUUUUCCUCUCUUUUGAAUAUCCUUGGGAUAGAGAUAGUCUGACUCUGGUUUAGCGUACUUAUUGAACAAGUAUAUUUGAAUAGCUCUAGAUUCUCCUAAAGUAUAGUCUUCAUCGACCAGUAGUGGAACUUUAUGAUGAGGAUUCAGCUGCAAAAAAAAUGCAAGUUCAGCAUACAUCAUAUAAAACAGCAAAAAUUCGAUUCAUUUACCUUUAGAAAGUCUUCAGUUAGGUGUUCUCCCUUAAACAAUUCCAAAUGUUUCUCAUUAAAGUCCACACCAAGAAUCUGGGCUGUCGAGAUGACAGCUCUGCAUGGUGGGCUGAUAGCAAAAGUGUACAAGUCUAACGUAGGCAUUGCUUAGAAGUUUUCACUAUUAUUUCCGAAUCACUCACUGAUGUGGCAAGAAAAAGAAUCUUUCAGUUUUUAUACAAUAAAGAUGAGGUCAAUAAUUAUGCUGGUUUGAAGCGCCACCAAGCUAUGCUACAUAUAUUGAACUCUACAUCCCGUAUUGAAAGAAACUUUCAAUUAGACAUUUCCCAAGAAUGCUCCAAGGAAUUAGUUCAUCCUUCCACACUAAUCUGCAAUGUUAACCAAUUAUCUGAAUCUUAAACGUCUUAUUCCCAUAUUCAAUAUUAUAUCAACAAAACGCAUUAAUACUACUAGAUUUAUCAGUUAGAUAUGAUGAAACUAAGAGUCUGUUAACAGUGUAUAGCUUUUGGUUUAUCUACAUUCUAUUGAAAAUAGUAGUGAAUACAAUAAUGAAUAAGCAAAAAAGAAAAACGUAAAGGAAAGGGUUGAUAAGGGAAACGGAUCAAGAAAUGUUGAAUCCUCUUAAGAAACC